AUGAUGCGCUGAAAAAUGAGUGAUGUGCUGAUGAAUGAUUGGACUGCUGCUCUCAGUGUUUCCUCUCCAGAUGAAGGUGUGGACUCUGCUAUGAGUCAGUGUGAGGACAGAGAGGAGGGAGUCCCUCCCCCUAAACCCCCUCUGUGGGGGGACCAUGACAGCCAGACCAAAGCUCAGAGCCCAGAGAAGCAACACAGACUUGGACUAGAUCUUGGACCUGGACCCAGCUGUGUGUCCUUCAAGAGUGAUGACUCAAGGGACAUUUUGAUUGAUUUUAAAAACACAUUUGAGAUCCAUCAGAGACCAGACUGUCCUGAACCUGAUCCCAGCUGUGUGUCCAUGAAGAGUGACCGGUCUAUGGGUCAUCCUGUAUUCUUCAAAGAUGGACGUCACUCUGUUGAUCAAAGAGUGGACCAGGAGAGCUCAGAGGGUCCCAGUGAUCAGUCUGCCCAGCAGCAUCAAACCCACCUGGACUCCAUCUUUAUGCUGCUGGAGGAGGACAUUGUCACUUUUGUGAAAAACGAGCUAAAGAAGAUCCAGAAGGUUCUGAGUCCAGAUUACCCAGAAUGCUUAGGGAGUCAGAGGGAGGAUAAGGAGGUGUUGGAUGGUGAGGAUGAAGAGCAGAGGAGGAGCAGCAGAGAGGCAUUUCUGAAGAUCACACAGUACUUCCUGAGGAGAAUGAAGCAGGAGGAGCUGGCUGACCGUCUGCAGAGCAGAAGUUAUUGUGGAGUUUGUAAGCGUAAACUCAAAUCUAAGCUGCAGAAGACGUUCCAGUGUAUGUUUGAGGGGAUUGCUAAAGCAGGAAACCCAACCAUUCUGAGUCAGAUGUUCACAGAGAUCUACAUCUUAGAGGGAGGGGCUGCAAAGGUCAAUGACAAACAUGAGGUCAGACAGAUUGAAACAGCAUCCAGAAAACCAAACAGACCAGAAACAAUAAUCAGACGAGAAGACAUCUUUAAAACCCCACCUGGAAGAGAUGAACCAAUCAGAACCGUGAUGACAAAGGGAAUGGCUGGCAUCGGAAAAACAGUCUUAACCCAGAAGUUCACUCUGGACUGGGCUGAAGACAAAGCCAACCAGGACAUCCAGUUCAUAUUCCCAUUCACCUUCAGAGAGCUGAAUGUGCUGAAAGAGAGAAAGUUCAGCUUGGUGGAACUUGUUGAUUGCUUCUUUAGUGAAACCAAAGAAGCAGGAAUCUGCCGGUUUGAAGAAGUCGUGUUCAUCUUUGACGGUCUGGAUGAGUGUCGACUUCCUCUGGACUUCUUCAACACUGAGAUCCUGACUGAUAUUACAGAGUCCACCUCAGUGGAUGUGCUGCUGACAAACCUCAUCAGGGGGAAACUGCUUCCCUCUGCUCGCCUCUGGAUAACCACACGACCUGCAGCAGCCAAUCAGAUCCCCCCCGAGUGUGUUGACAUGGUGACAGAGGUCAGAGGGUUCACUGACGCCCAGAAGGAGGAGUACUUCAGGAAAAGAUUUAGAGAUGAGGAGCAGGCCAGCAGAAUCAUCUCCCACAUCAAGACAUCACAAAGCCUCCACAUCAUGUGCCACAUCCCAGUCUUCUGCUGGAUCAAUGCUACAGUUCUGGAGGACGUGUUGAAGACCAAAGAGGAAGGAAAGCUACCCAAGACCCUGACUGAGAUGUACAUCCAUUUCCUGGUGGUUCAGUCCAAAGUGAAGAACAUAAAGUAUGAUGGAGGAGCUGAGAAAGAUCCACACUGGAGUCCAGAGAGCAGGAAGAUGAUUGAGUCUCUUGGAAAACUGGCUUUUGAGCAGCUGCAGAAAGGCAACCUGAUCUUCUAUGAAUCAGACCUGACAGAGUGUGGCAUCGAUAUCAGAGCAGCCUCAGUGUACUCAGGAGUGUUCACACAGAUCUUUAAAGAGGAGAGAGGACUGUACCAGGACAAGGUGUUCUGCUUCAUCCAUCUGAGUGUUCAGGAAUUUCUGGCUGCUCUUCAUGUCCAUCUGACCUUCACCAACUCUGGAGUUAACCUGCUGGCAGAAGAACAAACUACAUCCUGGCGGUCUAAAAUCUUUAGAGACAAAUCAACAGGUUUCUACCAGAGUGCUGUGGACAAGGCCUUACAGAGUCCAAAUGGACACCUGGACUUGUUCCUCCGCUUCCUCCUGGGUCUUUCACUGCAGACCAAUCAGAGUCUCCUACGAGGUCUGCCAACACAGACAGGAAGUGGCUCACUGAGCAAUCAGAAAACAAUCGAGUACAUCAAGAAGAAGAUCAGUGAGAAUCUGUCUGCAGAGAGAAGCAUCAAUCUGUUCCACUGCCUGAAUGAACUGAAUGAUGGUUCUCUAGUGGAGCAGAUCCAACAGUCCCUGAGUUCAGGAAGUCUCUCCACAGAUAAACUGUCUCCUGCUCAGUGGUCAGCUCUGGUCUUCAUCUUACUGACAUCAGAAAAUGAUCUGGACGUGUUUGACCUGAAGAAAUACUCUGCUUCACACUAUGAAGAGGAGGCUCUUCUGAGGCUGCUGCCAGUGGUCAAAGCCUCCAACAAAGCUCUGCUGAGUGGCUGUAACCUGACAGAGAGAAGCUGUGUAGCUCUGUCCUCAGUUCUCAGCUCCCAGUCCUCUAGUCUGAGAGAGCUGGACCUGAGUAACAACAACCUGCAGGAUUCAGGAGUGAAGCAGCUGUCGGCAGGACUGAAGAGUCCUCACUGCAGACUGGAAACUCUCAGUCUGUCAGGAUGUCUGAUCUCAGAGGAAGGCUCUGCUUAUCUGGCCUCAGCUCUGAGGUCCAACCUAAGAGAACUGGACCUGAGCUAUAAUCAUCCAGGAGACUCAGGAGUGAAGCUGCUGUCAGCUGGACUUAAGGAUCCAAACUGGAGACUGGACACUCUCAGGAUGGACCAUGGUGGACCGCGGUUGAGACCUGGACUGAGGAAGUAUGUCUGUGAACUGAAACUGGACACAAACACAGUAAACAGAGGACUCAAACUGUCUGACAACAACAGUACAGUGACAUAUGUGUUAGAGGAUCAGCCAUAUCCUGAUCAUCCAGAGAGGUUUGACUUCUGGCCUCAGCUGCUGUGUAGAGAUGGUCUGACUGGUCGCUGUUACUGGGAGGUCGAGAGGAGAGGAGAGGUUCUUAUAUCGGUGAGUUACAGAGGAAUCAGAAGGAAAGGAUACAGUACUGACUGUGUGUUUGGAGGGAGUGAUCAGUCCUGGAGUCUGAGCUGCUAUGAUGAAGGUUACUCUGUCUGGCACAAUGACAAAGAAACAGCCGUCCCGUCCUCCUCUGUCUCUAACAGAGUAGCAGUGUAUGUGGACUGUCCUGCUGGCUCUCUGUCCUUCUACACAGUCUCCUCUGACUCACUGAUCCACCUCCACACCUUCAACACCACAUUCACUCAGCCUCUCUAUCCUGGGUUUAGGGUCUGGUCAGCUGGUUCCUCAGUGUCUCUGUGUCCUCUGCAGGACUGAGAGUCUGUCCGGACCGCUACACGCACUCCCCGACGCCUCGGUACUUCACGUAAGAUCUCCGGAGAGUCUCCGACUGGGAACCAGCUUGUUUCCUCUCCAGAUGAAGGUGUGGACUCUGCUAUGAGUCAGUGUGAGGACAGAGAGGAGGGGGUCCCUCCCUCUAAACCCCCUCUGUGGGGGGACCAUGACAGCCAGACCAAAGCUCAGAGGUGAGAGGACCAUCUCUAACUGUCCACCACUCAGAUCACUCCACCAUCAUCAUCAUCACUCACACUCAGAGCUCUGUGUGUGUUGUGUUUCAGCCCAGAAGAGCAGCACACACCUGGACUAGAUCCUGGACCUGGACCCAGCUGUGUGUCCAUGAAGAGUGACCAGUCUAUGGGUCAUCCUGUAUUCUUCAAAGAUGGACGCCACUCUGAUGAUCAAAGGAUCCAUCAGAGAUCAGACUGUCCUGAACCUGGACCCAGCUGUGUGUCCAUGAAGAGUGACCGGUCUAUGGGUCAUCCUGUAUUCUUCAAAGAUGGACGCCACUCUGUUGAUCAAAGAGUGGACCAGGAGAGCUCAGAGGGUCCCAGUGAUCCAUCUGCCCAGCAGCAUCAAACCCACCUGGACUCCAUCUUUAUGCUGCUGGAGGAGGACGUUGUCACUUUUGUGAAAAAUGAGCUAAAGAAGAUCCAGAAGGUUCUGAGUCCAGAUUACCCAGAAUGCUUAGAAAGUCAGAGGGAGGAUGAGGAGGUAUUGGACGGUGAGGAUGAAGAGCAGAGGAGCAGCAGAGAGGCAUUUCUGAAGAUCACACUGCACUUCCUGAGGAGAAGGAAGCAGGAGGAGCUGGCUGACCGUCUGCAGAGCAGAAGUUAUUGUGGAAUUUGUAAGCGUAAACUCAAAUCUAACCAGCAGAAGACGUUCCAGUGUAUGUUUGAGGGGAUUGCUAAAGCAGGAAACCCAACCCUUCUGAGUCAGAUGUUCACAGAGAUCUACAUCUUAGAGGGAGGGGCUGCAGAGGUCAAUGAAGAACACGAGGUCAGACAGAUUGAAACAGCAUCCAGGAAACCAAACAGACCAGAAACAAUAAUAAGACGAGAUGACAUCUUUAAAACUCCACCUGGAAGAGAUGAACCAAUCAGAACCGUGAUGACAACGGGAGUGGCUGGCAUCGGGAAAACAGUCUUAACACAGAAGUUCACUCUGGACUGGGCUGAAGGCAAAGCCAACCAGGACAUCCAGUUCACAUUCCCAUUCACCUUCAGAGAGCUGAAUGUGCUGAAAGAGAGAAAGUUCAGCUUGGUGGAACUUGUUGAUUACUUCUUUAGUGAAACCAAAAAAGCAGGAAUCUGCCGGUUUGAAGAGGUCGUGUUCAUCUUUGACGGUCUGGAUGAGUGUCGACUUCCUCUUGACUUCUUCAACACUGAGAUCCUGACUGAUGUUACAGAGUCCACCUCAGUGGAUGUGCUGCUGACAAACCUCAUCAGGGGGAAACUGCUUCCCUCUGCUCGCCUCUGGAUAACCACACGACCUGCAGCAGCCAAUCAGAUCCCUGCUGAGUGUGUUGACAUGGUGACAGAGGUCAGAGGGUUCACUGACCCCCAGAAGGAGGAGUACUUCAGGAAAAGAUUUAGAGAUGAGGAGCAGGCCAAGAGAAUCAUCUCCCACAUCAAGAGAUCACGAAGUCUCCACAUCAUGUGCCACAUCCCAGUCUUCUGCUGGAUCAAUGCUACGGUUCUGGAGGACGUGUUGAAGACCAGAGAGGAAGGAGAGCUGCCCAAGACCCUGACUGAGAUGUACAUCCACUUCCUGGUGGUUCAGUCCAAAGUGAAGAACUCAAAGUAUGAUGGACAAGCUGAGACGGAUCCACACUGGAGUCCAGAGAGCAGGAAGAUGAUCGAGUCUCUGGGAAAACUGGCUUUUGAGCAGCUGCAGAAAGGCAACCUGAUCUUUGAAUCAGACCUGACAGAGUGUGGCAUCGAUAUCAGAGCAGCCUCAGUGGUCUCAGGAGUGUUCACACAGAUCUUUAAAGAGGAGAGAGGACUGUACCAGGACAAGGUGUUCUGCUUCGUCCAUCUGAGUGUUCAGGAGUUUCUGGCUGCUCUUCAUGUCCAUCUGACCUUCACCAACUCUGGAGUCAACCUACUGGCAGAAGAACAAACAACAUCCCAGCUGUUUGAAGUCUUAAGUGACAAAACAACACAGUUCUACCAGAGUGCUGUGGACAAGGCCUUACAGAGUCCAAAUGGACACCUGGACUUGUUCCUCCGCUUCCUCCUGGGUCUUUCCCUGCAGACCAAUCAGAGUCUCCUACAAGGACUAAUGACACAGACAGGGAGUGGCUCACUGACCAAUCAGACAACAGUCGAGUACAUCAAGAAGAAGAUCGGUGAGAAUCUGUCUGCAGAGAGAAGCAUCAAUCUGUUCCACUGUCUGAAUGAACUGAAUGAUGGUUCUCUAGUGGAGCAGAUCCAACAGGCCCUGAGUUCAGGAAGUCUUUCUGGAGAUAAACUGUCUCCUGCUCAGUGGUCAGCUCUGGUCUUCAUCUUACUGACAUCAGGAGAAGAUCUGGACGUGUUUGACCUGAAGAAAUACUCUGCUUCAGAGGAGGCUCUUCUGAGGCUGCUGCCUGUGGUCAAAGCCUCCACAAAAGCUCUACUGAGUGGCUGUAACCUGUCAGAGAGAAGCUGUGAAGCUCUGUCCUCAGUUCUCAGCUCCCAGUCCUCUAGUCUGAGAGAGCUGGACCUGAGUAACAACAACCUGCAGGAUUCAGGAGGGAAGCAGCUGUCGGCUGGACUGAAGAGUCCUCACUGCAGACUGGAAACUCUCAGGCUGAGUGGCUGUAACCUGUCAGAUAGAAACUGUGAAGCUCUGUCCUCAUUCCUCAUCUCCCAGUCCUCUAGUCUGAGAGAGCUGGACCUGAGUAACAACAACCUGCAGGUGUUUGACCUGAAGAAAUACUCUGCUUCAGAGGAGGCUCUUCUGAGGCUGCUGCAGGUGGUCAAAUCCUCCAACAAAGCUCUACUGAGUGGCUGUAACCUGUCAGAGAGAAGCUGUGAAGCUCUGUCCUCAGUUGAUUCAGGAGUGGAUCAGCUGUCGGCUGGACUGAAGAGUCCCCACUGCAGACUGGAAACUCUCGGGGUCGUUGUCGUGCUGGAAGCUCUGAGCUCCAACCCCACCCAUCUGAGAGAACUGGACCUGAGCUACAAUCAUCGGGAUUCAGGAGUGAAGCUGCUCUCAGCUGGACUUAAGGAUCCAAACUGGAGACUGGACACUCUCAGGACAGACCAUGGUGGCCCACAGUGGUUGAGACCUGGACUUAAGAAGUAUGUCUGUCAACUGGAACUGGACACAGACACAGUACACAGACACCUCAAACUGUCUGACAACAACAGGACGGUGACACAUGUGGAGGAGGAUCAGUCGUAUCCUGAUCAUCCAGAGAGGUUUGACUCCAAUCCUCAGCUGCUGUGUAGAGAUGGUCUGACUGGUCGCUGUUACUGGGAGGUGGAGACGAGAGGAGGGGUUUAUAUAUCAGUGAGUUACAAAGGAAUCUGCAGGAGAGGAACCAGUAAUUACUGUGGGUUUGGAUGGAAUGAUCAGUCCUGGAGUCUGAGGUGCUCUGAUGAUCGUUACUCUGUCUAUCACAAUAACAUAAGAACAGACCUCCCAUCCUCCCGUGUCUCUAACAGAGUAGCAGUGUAUGUGGACGUUCCUGCUGGCUCUCUGUCCUUCUACACAGUCUCCUCUGACUCACUGAUCCACCUCCACACCUUCAACACCACAUUCACUCAGCCUCUCUAUCCUGGGUUUAGGGUCUGGCCAGCUGGUUCCUCAGUGUCUCUGUGUCCUCUGCAGGACUGAGAGUCUCUCCUGUGGACAGAAACCCUGACUGAAGAUCAGCUGCUGAAAUCAAAGUUCAGUCUGUUCACCAUCACACACUCUCCAGACCCAACAUGAAGAAUUCGGACAGUCAGGAGUCAAUCAAUAGAUCUUUGGGUCAAACAGGUGAAAAUGCUGUUGCAAUAAUCCAGGCGUGAUGAGAUGAAGGCGUGUAAAAUGGUCUCGGUGUCUUUAAAAGUUAACAUAGAAUUUUAGCUAUAUUUCUAAGUUGAUAAAAACAUGAUUGAACAAGCUUUGUGGUGUGCUGCUCGAAAUUUAAAUUACUAUCAAACCAAACACCGAGGUUCUUUGCCACGGGCUUAAUGUGAUUUACUAGCAAACCAGCAGCUGGCAGUAUUUGAUUUGCCAUCUGCUGAGACCCGAUGACCAGGAUUUCUGUUUUGUCUGCGUUCAGCUGGAGGAAAUUAUUUGACAUCCAUUUUUUAACUUCACAAAGGCAGUUGUUACGUGAACUCAGCAUUCCAGGGUCUGUGGAUCUGACGGGCAAGUAUAUUUGCGUGUCAUCAGCAUAAAUAUGAAAAGAAAUGCCAUGUUUAUGGAUAAUAUGUCCAAGGGGAAGCAGAUACAAGGACAACAAAAUGGGUCCUAAGACCGACCCCUGAGGCACACCAUAUUUAACUGGACAGAACGAGGAGACAUAGUUGUUUACAGACAUGCAAAACUUCCUUCUUGACAGGUAGGAUGAAAACCAUUCUAGGCAGCACCAGAGAUUCCCCCCCCGCCCCCCCCUCCCCCGCCCCCCAGUCUGUGUCCAGGGGUACACAGAUUGGACAAACACACACACACACACACACACACACACACACACACACAGAGGAUUCAUUCACCUUUAAUCCCUGGAAUUAGUUUAAUGUGUUGAUGAUAAUGUUUUAUUUUGUCAUUCAGAGACAGAGAAAAGACAAACCAGACGUAGAAGGAGACUUUGAGAUGCUUUGAUAUUUGAUUUAAUAUUAAUAUAAGAAUUGAUCUUUGAUAGAGAACAGGUUCCAAACUACUUUCAAAUUAUGCUAUUCAGAUUUAGUUUAUAAAUGCAAUUAUUUAAGUUAAACAAUUAAAAUAUCUAUAUUUAAA